AUGCCCGCUUGCGAAGAGCCGACAUCCAGCUUUGACGAUCUGCGGGCACAACACGAGCGGUUCAUAGAUGAACUAGAUCCUUCAAGCGAGGAGGAAGCUGAAGCAAACUCCACGAUGUCGUCCUCUGCUGGACCAACCUUCCAAUUUGCGAAUAUGCCUACGCCAUCGUCGACGACAAGCAGUGGUUCACGACCCAUCGCCAACUUGGCUAUCAAACCGCAGUUCAACCUGGACUCGGCACAGAAGCUCCUGGAGACAUUCAAACUAAUGUUACAUUCGUGCCCUUGCAUUGUACUUGAUGAUGAUGCCGAUGUAAGGUCCAUGGCCAGGGAUUCGCCAUUCAUACUUCUCGCCAUCCUUGCCGCUACGAGUUGCUCGACGAGUUUACAAGGCUACAGCCUCUAUGAUGAGGAGUUCCGCAAGGUCUUGGGCCUGAAGUUUGUCACUGGAGGGGAGCGGUCGCUCGAGUUGCUCCAAGGCAUCGUUGUCUACUGCGCCUGGUAUCCAUCUCAUCUACGACCCAAACAUCGACAGGCAGGGCAGUACUUGAAGAUGGCCAUCGACAUAGUCCAAGACCUAGAGCUUGGCCAGGAAGAGACGUUCGCUCACCGGGUCGAAUCUGGCCUUACUCCUGAUGACUUUGCAAGCAUUCGGGCCUUCCUCGUGAGCUAUUAUUUGGUUACAGUUUUCACGAACGCGUUCUCCAAGACGGAAGGCUUCCCAUUCACUGCUUGGAUGGGCAAGUGUUGCGAUUUGCUCGAGCAACAGAGUAAUAUCGAGCAAGACCAUAUUUUGAGCUACAGAAAGUCCGGAUCCCAAAGUCCGCACCACCGCAACCUGAUCCGCAUCGGCCUCGAGACCCAGCUCAGGGAGUGGCAGGGCCGAAUACCAACAACGUUGGCGCUAGCACCGAGUGUCAUGAUGUCUAGCUUAUUUGAUGACAUGCACAUCUCCGCAUCUCCUCUGAUAAGCGCAACCCGUCCACGCCCGACUGACACCGACACGCCCUUGGAUCCCAAUCGCCUACUGGAUACUGUUCACACCUUGCGUGCAUUCUUCGAGUUCGUCGCGUCAUUAUCACCUGACCAGAUGGGCCGCUUCUCCAGCGCCGACUGGUUCCGACUGAUCAUGGGAGUAAUCUUGGCCUACCGGCUAUCUCUACCCGUGGAUAUAUGCCCAGGCUUCGACGCCUCGCAAGCAAGGCAAAUUUUCAACUUUGGAGCCUACUUGGAGCGGCUCUGCGAGGAGCCCGAGGGUGGGGCAACCGGAAAGACCGAUUGCUGCACCGCGUUCCGGGUGGUUCUCCGGAGCAUGAAAGCAAAGUUCGAGAAGAGACUAGCCGCGGCCAUAGCGAAGGAAGAGCUCACCAGAAAGGCACGGGAAUGCCCCAUGUUUGACGGGAGCCUGGACGAUUACAUCAACCUAUGGGAUGGACACGGAGCACCUCUUGAUCUGUCGUAUGCGACCUCGCUCUCGGAAACGUCGGGCGUGCGGACUGAGUCGCUUGUUGAACCGGCACCUGCCCCAGACCAGGCGAAGCAGAUGGAGGUUCAAGAUCUCUGGGGCACCAUGACCCUCAGUUGGGGCGCUGAAGACCUGCCUGCGUUCGAUAUGGAUAGCACGGGGUUGGGUUAUGAUCAUCUAUAG